AUGGUCCUGCUAGAGAUGAGCCUCGUGCCGAUGGAUGCUGGCGAAAGCGUCAGCGCCGCGGUGGCUGAGUGCGUCGAACUAAUCGAUGCUAGCGGCCUGCCCUAUGAGCUGCACUCGAUGGGCACCAUCGUCGAAGGCGAGUUGCCCGAAGUCCUCGAGCUCAUGCAGCGUUGCAUCGAGCACCUGGCGGUCAAGAGCCGUCGGGUUACCUGCUCGGCAAAGCUCGACUACCGCCCCGGCCAUAGCGGCCGCCUCCGCAGCAAGUAUCCACCUCCAUCACCCUCGCCCCGCCACCGCUUCGUGAGCGAACCCGCCCAUUCACUGCCCCACCUCGCCCUCGGCCGCUUGCCGAGUGGCAUCUACAUCCUCACCGUCGGUGUGGACGCCACUGCCACGGGCAUGCUGGCUAGCUGGGUGCAGCAAGCCGCGUUCGAGCCGCCCAUGCUGAGCGUCGCCCUCAAGCGCGGCCGCCCCGUCAGCGAGCGGAUCGAGGCCGGCGAGCCGUUCGUCCUCAACGUCGUUGGCGAGGGUCAGAAGUCCCUGCUCAAGCACUUCGCAAAAGGCUUCGAGCCCGACGAGCCGGCGUUCGAGGGCGUCGCAAUCGCGCGAACCGCCUGCGGAGCCCCCGCUCUUGCCGACGCGAUCGCCGUGCUCGAAUGUCGGAUGGCGACGGUUGCCGACGCCGGCGACCACCGCGUCGUCAUCGCCGAGGUCACCGCCAGCGAAGUUCGCAACGACACCCCGCCGAUGGUCCACCUCCGCAAAC